AAGCUGAACGCCUGCAGCUGGCUCGCAGAAAGAAAAACUACUGAAACGGUGUGGUGUGUAAUUUACUAUGGGAAGACGAGGUUCUGGCAGCCGGAGGAGCUCUCCUGGACACUGACAACGAAACACAGGCUUCACACAAAGCGGCACCUCUUUGAAAACACCAACUCGCGACUGAAACAGAAGGGAUGAGGAACCACGAGAACACCACCCGCCGCUCGCCGCACAGCGGCUGCGCACGCCCUGCUCCGGAAGCGGAAGUGCCCAAAGAGGUCAGGUGUGUUUCCAAGAUGGCAGCCUUCAGGGCGCUAGUGUCCGCCUGCGGGAGGCAGCUGCAAGGUUUCCUGGCAGGCCCCUCCGCGACCGGCUGGUUAUGGCUUCCAGCUCGUGGGUUGAGAGAAGUGGUGGAGAUCCAAGAAGGGAAGACGACUAUAAUUGAAGGUCGAAUCCUAGAAACUCCCAAGGUGGCUCCAGAUCCCCCUAACCCCUCAGGCCAGUGCCCCAUCUGCCGCUGGAACCUAAAGCACAAAUAUAACUACGAGGAUGUGCUGCUGCUUAGUCAGUUCAUCCGGCCUCAUGGGGGCAUGCUGCCCCGGCGUGUAACAGGCUUGUGCCGGGAAGAACACCGAAAAAUCGAGGAGUGUGUGAAGAUGGCUCACCGAGCAGGUCUGUUCCCAAACCACAGGCCACAGCUUCCAGAAGGAUUUGUACCAAAGAGUAAGCCCAAGCUCAACCGCUUCCUGACUCGCUGGGCUCCCAAGUCCGUCAGGCCCAUCUACAAAAAAGGCCACCGUUGGGACAAGGUGGGUAUGCCUGUGGGGUCACCACUCCUGAAAGACAAUGUCUGCUACUUCAGAAGGCCUUUGAAGCUGUUACAUUAAUGGGAGCGGUGCUGCCAAAGACCCCGACUAGGACCUUCCAGAUGCCGCACUUGGCCCUCCCAUAGGACCACUGUCCUCCACAAACAGCACGGGGACGUUGGGACUAACCCCUGUUCCCUGGAUCUGCCCAGCUGCAGUGCUGGGAGCCAGGGACAGGCAGGAGCUGGACCUCCUGGCCAGCGUGGUCCUCUGACUGGCUUAGGCUGAGGUCGGCGCAAGGGCGGGAGUCUUACCCAAGGAAACGCAAUAAAGCAGGCUCUCAGCUUCCCUGUGUGCUUACA